UUGGAGCUGAAGCCGUUCACAUGAACAGUCUGAAAUGCUAACUCAGCUAGCUCUUUAGCUCGACAGUCUCGCUGAGCAGGCUUGUGACAGCAUCUGCAAGGUUAGCUCAGCUCGGUCAGUUGGCUAGCCCCUGCCUCGUUUCAUGACCUGCAUCAUCGACUGGGGGAGUGUCAUGCUAACGUGGGACUUAACUCGUUAAAUAAAAUGUAUUUUUACAACGUCAGGAAGUAAUAUUGAUGUAGAUAACUGACAGUAACUUUCAAUUUAGCUACCUCUGGGAGUAAAUAGCGGUUAAACGAGUUUACCAGACUUGCUACCCAGACAUGAAGUUGUUUGAACUGUUUCUGAUAUAUACACACUUAAGUUAUUUGUUUUAGUGAGAGCUCAGCUCGUCUGAAGGUGUGUGACAGUGUGGGAACAGCUCUGUCAUGGCUUACACACUCCUGGAGAAACAGGAAGUGAAACCAGGCACAGUGUAACCCUGCACAUUAAGUAGUUUGCUCUCUGUUAAUGUUGUAUUUUAUACAUGACACCCUAUGCACACACACAAACACAAACCAAUUCACAAAUACACACACACACACACACACACAGCCAUGUCUCCAUCAGUACCCCUGCAGGAGAUGAUCCGGGCCAUCAGGUCAGCAAGGACGCAGUGUGAGGAGCGGGGUGUCAUCCAGAGGGAGUGUGCAGCCAUCCGGGCACAGUUCAGACAAUCUGACAAUGGGGGGCGAUCGCACAACCUGGCCAAGCUGCUCUACGUGCACAUGCUGGGCUACCCCGCUCACUUUGGUCAGAUGGAGUGUGUUCGGAUGAUAGCCAGCCCUCGCUACAGUGAGAAGCGUGUGGGGUAUCUGGGCGCCAUGAUGCUGCUGGAUGAGAAGCAGGAUGCCAGCUUGCUCAUCACCAACUCCAUCAAGAAUGAUCUUUCUCACAGCAGCCAGCAUGUGCAGUCUCUGGCUCUGUGCACGCUGGCCUGCAUGGGUUCAGCUGAGAUGUGCAGAGAUCUGGCGCCAGAGAUAGACCGGCUGCUCCGAGCCUCCAACUCCUACAUAAAGAAGAAGGCUGCUCUGUGUGCUGUGCACAUUGUAAGAAAAGUCCAGGAACUGGGGGAGCUUUUUGCACCUGCGGCUCGGUCCCUGCUUUCUGAGAAGAACCACGGUGUGUUACACGGUGCUGUGGUGCUCAUCACGGAGCUGUGUGAGCGGAGUCCAGAGACUCUGGAGCGGUUCAGAAAGGCAGUGCCGGAUCUGGUUCAGAUCAUGAAAGGUCUGGUCAUUUCGGGUUAUUCUCCAGAGCACGACGUGGCAGGAAUCAGUGAUCCCUUCCUACAGGUACGCAUCUUGAGGUUGCUGAGGAUCCUCGGUCACAACAGCGAGGCAGCCAGUGACGCUAUGAACGACCUACUCGCUCAGGUGGCGACCAACACAGACAGCACCAAGACUGUGGGCAACGCUGUGCUGUAUGAGACUGUUCUGACUGUGCUAGACAUCAAGUCAGAGAGUGGACUCAGGGUUCUGGCUGUGAACAUCCUGGGAAGAUUCCUCCUAAACAACGACAGGAACAUUCGGUACAUCGCCAUGAUCUCUCUUCAAAAGAUUGUCGGGACAGACCACAACGCUGUGCAGCGCCACCGGGGAACCAUCGUGGACUGCCUGAAGGACCAGGACGCUUCUGUCAAGCGCCGCGCGUUGGAUCUCUCCUUGGCGCUGGUGUCGGCCUCCAACAUCCGCUCCAUGAUGAAGGAGCUGCUCAUCUUCCUCUCCUCCUGCCCCCCUGAGCUCAGGGCUCAAGCUGCCAGCGGCAUAUUCAACGCCGCAGAGAGGUAUGCGCCCUCCCAGCGCUGGCAUAUUGACACCAUCCUGCAUGUCCUCACCACGGCAGGGGGCGACGUGAGAGAUGAAACGGUUCCCAACUUGAUCCAGCUUAUCACCACCGCCUCAGAGCUGCACUGUUACACUGUCCACAAGCUCUACCGGGCUCUGCUCACUGACAUCUCUCAGCAGCCCCUGGUGCAGGUGGCAUGUUGGUGUAUUGGAGAGUACGGAGACCUGCUGCUGAGGGGAGACUGUCAGGAGACUGAGCCCGUUCAGGUCAGCGAGGACGAUGUCCUGGACGCCUUGGAAACGGUUCUGCAGUCCCACAUGUCGUCCCCGGCGACUAGAGGCUUUGCCCUCACCGCCACCAUGAAACUGAGCACACGCAUCACUGAUAACGUGGAUCGCAUCAGGAGCAUCGUCAGCAUCUACGGCAGCUGUAUAGAUGUGGAGCUCCAGCAGAGGGCAGUUGAAUACAAUGCUCUGUUCAAGAAAUAUGACCACAUGAGGGCAGCAGUGCUGGAGAGGAUGCCUGUGAUUGAAAAGAACUCCCCGGGUCAUACCAACGGAGAGUCAACAGGGGAGCCUGUCAGGGAGAUCCAACCAGCCAAAGUCAAGCAGGGAGAGCUCCCCCAACAGCCUGCUAACCAGGUGUGUGAUCUGUUGGACCUGCUGGGAGGCUCGGAGGAGACUCUGCAGCCCAGCCCAGCAGUCGGAGGCACAGCGGCUGGCCUGACCACCAACACUGCCAGCACUGCUGGAGGAGACCUCCUGGAUCUGCUAGGAGGGUUUGAGCCUGUCCCCCUCGCACCAGCUCCCACAGUGCCGGUGUAUGACAAAGACGGUGUGACUUUGACGCUAAGUUGUGAGAAACAGUCGGACUCAGGCCUGACAGUCACACUAACAGCCUCCAACUCCACUGAUUCAGACAUCAGCAGCUUCACCCUGCAGGCUGCAGUGCCCAAGAGUGUCCAGUUACACAUGAAGGCUCCGAGUGGGGACUGCCUUCCUGCACGAGGCGCAGCUAAGGUGACCCAGAUGGUAGUCCUCAACAACCCAAACAAGGUGAACCUGAAGAUGAGGGUCCGUAUAUCUUACAGCAGCCAAGGAUCAGCCUUUCAGGAUACAGUCCAGAUCGACUCCUUCCCUGGACUCAGUGCUGCCCACUGACAGCGGCCGUUCAGUCCAACGGGACUAUGACAGCAGUCUGUGGAUGAGUCAGCAGGCGUCGCCCCUCACUGACAGGAGGUUGUUUUUCUGCUGUCACACCCUCUGCACUACAGCCCAAGCUGCUGUUUCUUAAAUUCCCGAUUUUGUUGGUGUUUUUAUGGCUGAAGAACACUGUUCUUUCACGGGAAAUCACAGCUUCACACAUGAACCCCCCCUCCUCUGGAAUCCAAGCAUAAAUGUGACUGAUGGCGAAAGCUUUGGAGUAUGCCGGUAUUAUAUGGAAGUACUAAAAUAUUCAGUUUUUCAGGGUUUUUUUGCAGUUGUUCAACUGUCCAUAGAACUGUACAAUCCAGGCUUUUAAGCUACCAAGCUGAUUGUAGUUGAUGUUCCACUCCAUAGAUAUUUAUUCAUGUGGCACCUACCGGUCAGUGUGAGCCACCAAAUCAGUUGUCCUGACAGGGCACUCAUGUUUGCCUCCCUUUGAAAUGAUUUUCUUUAUUAAAUAUUUGCCUUUAGUAUCUUCACUUUGUUGAAAAUCAGUUUAACAUUUACGAAUGACCCACUACUACUCUAAAAUGUUCUUAUCCAGUACACUUGUUUUACUGGGAAACUGAAGGACAUGAAUUUGAGACUGAAGGGUGUCGGAUUUCAAACACAGCCUCAUGUGUUGCAUUCACUUGUCUUCUGUUGCUCCUAAUUUUCAUUCAUUUCCUCAUUGAGCUGAACAGUUUAGAGUAUCUUGAGUAUCCACCUCCUUAUGAAUUCCCUUGUGCCUUUCAUCCUCUCAAUAACUGACAUAAUCUCAUGCACCAAAAACACAAGAUUUAGUUCUGGAGCUCAAGAAAUGGUUUUAAAUGUAAGAGAUGUAGUCAUUAAAAAAAGUUUUUAUCCCAGCAAAUCAAGCAACACUUGACCAGUAUCUCCUUGCCUGUUGUUUACAGAUGCUCCUGAAUUCUUUUUACUUCCUGCAUCACUACACACAGUCUCCAGGAAAUAAAAGGGCAUGAUACUGUCGAGUAUAUUUUACAUAUUAAGUAUAUGAGCACAAUUAUAAGAGUCUUUGGAAAAUCUCUAAUACAACCCUUUGUUGUAGAAGGACAAAAAAGCGGGCUGUAAAACACGUGUGUAAAAGCUUCAUUUCAUAACUCAUUCCAUAUUCAUUGACCUCUAUUAAAAACAACUCUGGAUGCUGGAUGUCAGCAAUGGUGCUCUAAAUGGAUUUCAGUGCAAUCUCUUAACAGACUGUUUCAGAACACUACCUUAGCUAAAAUGUAAAGACAAGACCAGGAUGAGUAUUCUGUCAGUUGAAUAAACUGUCUGUAAAUCUUCUGUUUCAUGUCAUUUUCUAAUAAAAAUCAGUUU